AUGAGUGAGUAUGUAAUGUGCAAGAGUAAGAGUGUGGUCCUGGAAAGAAAUGAUCUGCUUGCAAAACACAUCUGUUUCACUCCUGAAACAGAUCAGGAAACUCUAGAUACUCGCCUUGAGAGAACUCAGUGCUCAGAUCCUAAGACUCACUUCAGAAUUUCUACUCAAGGAACAACUUACAAAUAUAAUGAAUGUGUGAAACACUUUAUGCUGUUCUCAAGACUUAAAACUCAGGACAGAAUCCAAACCAGAGACAAACCUUACAAGUCUAAUGAAUGGGGGAAAUCAUUUACAGGCUCGUCAAAUCUUCAUGUUCACCAUGGAAUUCAUACUAGAGAUGAAUCUUACAACUAUAACCAAUGUAGAAAAUCCUUUAUACGAUUCUCAAGACUAAAAGUUCAUCACAGAAUCCAUACAAGAGAUAAACUCUACAAAUGUAAUGAAUGUGGAAAAUCCUUUAUAAAUUCCUCAUAUCUUCAUGUUCACUGCAGAGGUCAUACUGGAGAGAAACUUUACAAAUAUAAUGAAAGUAGCAAGUCUUUUACACACUCCUCACAUCUUAUAGUUCACAAUAGAGUCCAUAGUGAAGACAAACCUUACAAAUGUACUGACUGUGGGAAAUCUUUCAUACAGUCCUCAAGUCUUAAAAUUCACCAGAAAUCACAUACUGGAGACAAACCCUACAAAUGUACUGACUGCGGGAAAUCUUUCACACAGUCCUCAAAACUUGAACUUCACCACAAAAUCCAUACUGGGAACAAACCUUACAAAUGUACUGACUGUGGGAAAUGUUUCACACAGUUCUCAAUCCUGAAAUGUCACUACAAAAUCCAUACUGGAGACAAACCUUACAAAUGUAAUGAAUGCGGGAAAUCUUUCAUACAGUCCUCAAGUCUUAAAAUUCACCAGAGAUCACAUACUGGAGACGAACCUUACAAAUGUACUGAAUGUGGGAAAUCUUUCACAUGCUCCUCAAAUCUUAAAUGUCACUACAGAAUCCAUACUGGAGACAAACCUUACAAAUGUACUGACUGCGGGAAAUCUUUCACACAGUCCUCAAAACUUAAACGUCACCACAGAAUCCAUACUGGAGACAAACCUUACAAAUGUAAUGAAUGCGGGAAAUCUUUCAUACAGUCCUCAAGUCUUAAAAUUCACCAGAGAUCACAUACUGGAGACAAACCUUACAAAUGUACUGAGUGUGGGAAAUCUUUCACACAGUUCUCAACCCUGAAAUAUCACUACAGAAUUCAUAACAGAGACAAAUCUUACAAAUGUACUGAAUGUGGGAAAUCUUUCACAAAGUUCUCAAAACUUAAACUUCACCACAGAAUCCAUACUGGAGACAAACCUUACAAAUGUACUGACUGCGGGAAAUCUUUCACAUGGUUCUCAAUCCUGAAAUGUCACUACAGAAUCCAUACUGGAGACAAACCUUACAAAUGUAAUGAAUGUGGGAAAUCUUUCAUACAGUCCUCAAGUCUUAAAAUUCACCGGAGAUCACAUACUGGAGACAAACCUUACAAAUGUACUGAGUGUGGGAAAUCUUUCACACAGUUCUCAACCCUGAAAUAUCACUACAGAAUCCAUACUGGAGACAAACCUUACAAAUGUACUGACUGAGGGAAAUCUUUCCCACAGUCCUCAAAACUUAAACGUCACCACAGAAUCCAUACUGGAGACAAACCUUACAAAUGUACUGAGUGUGGGAAAUCUUUCAUACAGUCCUCAAGUCUUAAAUGUCACUACAGAAUCCAUAAUGGAGACAAACCUUACAAAUGUGCCGAGUGUGGGAAAUCUUUCACAGAGUUCUCAAAUCUUAAAAGUCACCAGAGUUCAAAUAUUAGAGACAAACCUUACAAAUGUAAUGAAUGUGGGAAGUCUUUCACACAGUCCUCAAGUCUUAAAUGUCACCACAGAAUCCAUUCAGGUGACGAAUAUUACUAA